UUCUAGGAAGACCGGCGCCACUCAAUCUUAGCAAAAUAAAAUGUGAUGCGGUAUAUCUCUAUGGUUGUUCUUUCGUUAAGUAAGCACAGGCGGAAGUAGUUCAGAAAAAAGUGGUCCGGGGAACACCACAGAUUCACGUUAGCUGUCAGCGCACAACUCGAUGGCUUACAGACAGUUAGUACGCAGGGUUUGGGCUUCGUCAGUUAAAGGACGUCGCUGCUUCCCCGUCUCCACAUCUGCCUUCAUCUCUUCCUGCGGCCCUGCCAGCCAACCAUGCCGGCCGGCACCGUCUCCCUCGCUGUCCCCGUGCCGCUCCCUGUCCCUCAGCCCCGCCCUCCGCGUGUCCUUUAAUGUGCAGGACGGAGACGACUUCACAGAGAGGGUUAUCAACAGCGACCUGCCCGUGCUGGUGGACUUCCACGCGAACUGGUGUGGGCCUUGUAAGAUCCUGGGGCCAAGGUUGGAGAAGGCGGUUGCUAAGCAGCAGGGUCGUGUUACCAUGGCAAAGGUUGAUAUCGAUGAGCACACCGAUCUGGCCAUCGAGUAUGAGGUGUCUGCCGUCCCCACCGUGAUCGCCAUGCGGGACGGUCACAUCAUUGACCGGUUUGUGGGGAUCAAAGAUGAAGACCAGAUAGACUCCUUUGUGGGCAAGCUCACUGGGUAGUGAAACGGAGACAUUCUCCUACCUGUCCCACCUCAUCCAAUCAUAUCCCAAGCACCCUGGCCUGGCACCGCCCCCUUUCAAUCCUCUGAUUCCCAUUGGUCUUUGGCUGAUUCUGACUACUGAGCCUUUCUUACCCCUUCCACAUUCACACAAUCUGUUUUUUUUCUUCAACUGUCUCAGUGUGGCUGUCCAGGGAUGUGAGAUUUUUUUUCCAGUCUUUUUGAAUGAUACAUUAAAGGUUACAAAUAUAUAA